GCUCUUGUCCACCCCUUUGAUGCGCCGACAGGCCAGCGGCUCCGAAAAGAUAAGCAGCUCAAUCUUUUCAGAGUCCGAGCCAAACCAUGGGCAAGGACGGAGUUCCUCUCAGUUAGAUCGAUAAUUCGGGGAGCACUUCUAGUACAAGACAGCAACUCCCUCAAUUACCUCAUUGUCGACACCGUUGACACGGACAUGUUCCUUCGUGUAAGGGACAUGCAUCUGCAGGCAGGGCAUCCAGUGCGUGUCUGA